AUGUCAGUAACUGUUAUCAAAAUGGAAUUGGGAUUUGCUUAUUAUUGUAGAGCAAUAAUAAUACAGAGUAUUGAGGAAGCUAAGCUUCGAGUCUUUGACUCAUCUAUGAUUCCUAUUCAA